AUGGGGGCAACGUCUCUGUCUGUGAUCGCGUGGAAGGCAGCAGAGCGCAUGGUGGCUCGAUUGAAUGGCGACGAGAGUGGCCAGCGGAUCUCGUCCUCGCACAUUAAACCGAUCAAACGUCACUGUCUGCGAGGGUUGGGAACGUCUCUGUCUGUGAUCGCGUGGAAGGCAGCAGAGCGUGUGGUGGCCCAACUGGAUGGUGACGAGGGUGGCUGGUGGGCGUCGCCGCCGCAAAUCAUACCAAACACACGUUUCUUUGGUUGGUGGGUAUCUUCACCACGAAUCGAACCGAAUGAAUGGAAAGUCUCUGGCUGUGAGCAUGUGGAAGGCAGCAGGACGCGUGGUGGCAUCAUUCUUCCCCUUCAAGGGGGAGGGGGGCCUUCGGGGACGUCUCUGUCUGUGAACGUGCGGAAGGCAGCAGGACGUGUGGUGGCUUGA